AUUUUGUGACAGAUCAUUAAGAUACAUCAGAUCCCGCACCUUCGACAGUCAUUCUCCAUCGGCCCCGCUUUAAAGCACAAUGAGAGGAACCGAAGACGGACGGAAGUCUGUGCUGAUUACAGGAUGUUCUCCUGGCGGUAUUGGGAACUCUAUGGCCCGUGAGUUUCAUCGGAAUGGUCUGCGUGUGUUCGCUACUGCCCGUGAUGCAAAGACAAUCGAAGAUCUAUCGUCUAUUGGGGUCGAGACCUUGAGUCUUACUGUGGACGAUGAGGAAAGCGUCCGACGAUGCUUUGAAGAAGUGAAAGAAAAGCUUGGGGAGAAAGGACUGGAUUAUCUUGUCAAUAACGCUGGCCGGAAUUAUACUGUGCCAGCUAUGGAGGCAGAGCUCUCCGAAAUCCGUGACACGUUCGAAACAAACUUUGUCGCGGUUGUACACAUUUGCCAGACCUUCCUACCGCUACUUAUGAAGGCUAAGGGAACUAUUGUACAGAUUGGUUCUGUUGCUGGGGUUGUUCCCUACGUUUUCGGGUCCGUAUACAACGCCUCAAAGGCUGCCGUGCACUCGUUUAGCGAUGCUUUGCGCGUGGAACUAGCUCCGUUCGGUGUGCACGUCACUACCGUCGUUACCGGGGGUGUGCAAUCUCGCAUCGCCCGUGUCAAGCGUACUCUGGUUCCCGGCUCAAUCUAUGCACCAAUCGAGGACGAAUAUAACCGACGGGUGGUACAUAGCCAGGCUGGGGCCAUGCCAAACGAAGCAUACGCUCGCAGCGUGGUCACACAGGUCCUCUAUGGGUCUGCACCAUGGCGCUGGAUUUGGCCCUGGGCGCAAGGUCGGAAGAACUGGAUCUGGGAAGGUAACAAAAGCUGGUUGAUCUGGCUGCUUAUGGGAGGAUGGGCCUGGAACGGCCUGUCUGGGAAGAUUGUGACGAAGAUGUUCAAACUCAACAGACUUAGAAGAGCUGCUGGGAAAUGAAGGAAGAGGGGACGGUGUAAGGACGGAUGAAUCUGUUCUGCUGGAUGGGGUUCUCGUCGAUCCUUCGGGUCAUUCGGUCCAAGUGUAGUAUUAGCAUUUCAAAACACGGCGUUUUCUGGUUGGGAUGUCAUCUUCUCUGCUUGAACCGUUUGCUUGACAUCAGUAAGACUGGUCUUUCGACAUUGUAGGGAAAUAGAUGGUGCAUGCCGACGCCGUAAGACCGUUUAAACCAUUUGCCGUAUGCCCCCGGGCUAGGAGGACAAGCCGGCGGAUUCAGGGUUCGGGUUCGGGGCGAGGUGCCAGUAGAAGAACUAAGCUGCCCGAGAGGCAUAGUAACUUCACAAACGAAGCCGAGAUAUCAUGAUUUCCUCUGCACAAGACAUUUCUCACUGAUGUUGCCUAACGGGUUCGGAUCCAUGCUGACCGUCCCAAACAGGCCAUCGACGAGCUUCAGA